CAUCUCGAUAAAACAGUACAGAGCUGCUCCGAUGCUCCGAAUCAUAAUUCUUCCGGUCGUAUCGCAAUAAUUCCUUUUCCGAAAAUACAUUAUUUUUAUUUCGAGAUCAUUAAAAAUGUCGUUAGCUUUGGGUAUGUGUGAAACACCUGGAUGUAAAGCAGUUGCUAGUCUUCAGUGUCCGACUUGUUUGAAAAUUGGUAUCCAGGGAUCUUACUUCUGCAGUCAGGAUUGUUUCAAAGGCAGCUGGAAGACGCACAAGAUCAUUCACCAGAUAGUCAAGGGAGUGACUGGAAAAGAUGACUCAGGACAGUAUAAUCCAUGGCCGUCUUAUCAUUACACCGGAAAACUGCGUCCAUGGCCAAGGGCAGAACCAAGAACAGUCCCAGCCAGCAUUGAACGACCGGACUAUGCAGAUCAUCCCAGAGGAUUGCCGCUCAGUGAACAUGCCGUUCGUGGCUCGUCACAAAUCAAAGUUCUCAAUGACGAGGAAAUUGAGAGCAUGCGAGUCUCCUGCAAACUCGGUCGUGAGGUACUCGAUGAAGCUGCUAAAGCAUGCGACGUUGGAGUGACGACAGCCGAAUUGGAUAGAAUUGUUCACGAAGCUUGUAUCGAACGGGAUUGUUAUCCAUCGCCAUUGAAUUAUCAUCGAUUCCCAGCGAGUUGUUGCACAUCUGUAAACGAAGUUAUUUGCCAUGGUAUUCCGGACCAAAGGCCUCUCGAGGAGGGUGACCUUUGCAACGUUGACGUGACCGUUUAUCAUCGAGGCUUUCAUGGGGAUCUCAACGAAACAUUUUUCGUCGGUAAAGUUAAGCCGGAGAUUAAAAAACUGGUUGAAGUGACUUACGAGUGUUUGUCACGCGCCAUUGAAAUUGUACGGCCUGGCGAGAAGUAUAAAGAAAUUGGCAAUGUCAUACAAAAAUACGCUCAGGCCAAUGGGUUUGGUGUUGUUCGCGGUUAUUGCGGCCACGGCAUUCAUCGACUCUUUCACACUGCCCCAAACGUACCUCACUAUGCCAAAAAUAAAGCAGUAGGCAUAAUGAAAGCUGGCCACUGUUUCACGAUUGAGCCAAUGAUAUCUCAGGGAACAUGGCGCGACGAGACCUGGCCGGACGAUUGGACAGCCGUGACAGCCGAUGGUCAAUGGUCAGCACAAUUUGAGCAUACGCUCCUCGUAACCGACACCGGUUGCGAUAUUCUCACCAAACGUCGUACUAACGACGGUAAGCCGUGGUUCAUGGAUCGGGCGUAAUAAUUAAACACGUCUACUUAUAAAUCUGAGAAAAAUAUAAUCGCACACUUACGAGACAAAAAAAAAUAGCGACGGAACCAAAAACCAAUCCGAUUAUCGGGCUGAAUUUUUUUUCAAGGAGGAAGUCAUCGAAUUUCUGAUUUUUUUCGAAUCUGGUACAAUUCAGCCUUUCAAAUAAAUCGUCAUUUUAUGGUCUUCAAAAUCGAGAAUCAGGGAUAAGAUCUCGUUCGAUAAGAAUGAAUGAAAUGACGAUGUUUCAAAAAAUUGUACGUGCCUUGAAUCUAAUCAAUUUUUCAAUCGAAAUUUUGCCUCGCUUACAAACGUGCUUGUUUCGAUUGCCUUUUGCUUCGUGACUUUUUGAAUAGUAUAAAAAUUCACUCGAUUACCAAUUUGCAAUGUUUCUCAGAUGAAUUCACGACGAACAUAUGUUCAAGAAGAUUAUUUUUUCGAUCUUUUAUCAGAGAUGUUUGUGCUGACGAUUUACCAGCUUUGUAUAUGCUCCCAUCAUUGUCGAAAUACUAUUUGUGAUCAAUCAUUUUUUUUCUUUCAAUAUCCUUUUUUCAUUGUAAUAUUGAAAAAUUUGGUCAAACUUUUGUCAUCCUUAUCCAGUCGUUAGCGCACUCCCUGAAUUAUAUGAAACAAUUAUUCCCAUGGGAUUUAUCGUCAUUUAAUUAAACAAACAAUAAAAUACGUAAAAUUUGAAAAAUCGACUUUGCUUUUGGAACGUUCGGGCAUACUCACUAAUCAGUGUUUACUAAUAAUGAUAUGAAGUCAUCGAAAUGUUGACAAAAAUGUUUUCAAUUUGCUUAGUGGAAAAAAUAACCACAAAGCAGUUUAAUGAAGUUUCUCUGUGUAACUCGCAUGAAAAUGUUGAGGCAGAUUGACAGAGUGAAGAAAAAAUCGCUCUGCUCUAACGAUGAAAAUUGAAAAUUAGUAUUCUCAGUUUGAAGAAAAAUGUUGAUCCUGCCGCCCUAGCGAUCGAACUUGAUCUUUUUUGAACGGAAAAAAUUAUUGUAAUUUUGAAUAUGAAGUGAGAAUAAAUCGGACGUUGAGAAUUGAA